AAAGUCGUGUUUGGUAUCGUCACAGCUUUUGUGCCUGCAUUAUGGUUCAGUCAGAUUCUGCGCCAUUCGAAUGUUAGCGAGAUGAUGUAUUGUCUUUCGAGAGCAGUCGAAUAAGUCGAAGAAAACGCACGUAAUUCCAUGAUACGCAGGGUUUUUAUUGGGAAUGUUCUCCAGGUAGCUUCAAAACCCUAAGCAUUGGUUAGCUUCGUCGCGCAUACCGUAUGCAGUAUUACAGAGUUUCGUGAGGAUCGAAAGGACAAUCAAACGGAGUUGGAGGAAUAGGGAGCCGUGGCAUCAGCAAUGGCCAUCGCUCUAUGUCCGGCAGGCACAGCGAGAGCUAUCCAACCGUACGUAGGUGGCUUUAAGUGUGCGAACCAGUUAGAGGCAGCAGUUUGCAUCUCAAGUGCAUUGAUCCUUGAGAGGAGACAGGGAGCAUUGGCCAACAGCUUUAAGAGGCGAGAAUGUAGCACACUAGUUGUUCGAGGCCGCGGUUUACUUUAUCCUACGAUCACUGUCUUGAGGCGGGCCGCUGGUUGCGUGGGUCAGAAAGGUGUGCUCGCUGUCCAGGACGGAUCUUCUCCUCAUGUUGAGGAGGAAAGAGCCGAGCAAGCCUGGGAUAAUGCAGGCAGUCCUAACGCUCCAAUCGUUCCCACGAGUGAUUUAGUUAGCCUACAAAUUCCAAAGCCCUUGUCUAUAACCGAUUUAGCUUUGCCACCCAGACAUGGGUCUGAUGUGCGUGUAGCUUAUCAGGGUGUUCCCGGAGCCUACAGUGAAGCAGCAGCUGCCAAAGCUUACCCUAGGUGUGAAGCUGUUCCUUGUGACCAAUUUGAAGCUGCUUUUCAGGCGGUGGAGCUUUGGUUGGUUGACAGAGCAGUUUUACCUAUAGAGAAUUCUCUAGGGGGAAGUAUACACCGCAACUACGAUUUAUUGCUACGUCAUCGACUCCACAUAGUUGGUGAAGUUCAACUUGGAGUUCACCAUUGCCUCUUAGGACUCCCAGGUGUGAAAAAAGAGGAAUUGUUGCGGGUUGUCAGUCAUCCGCAGGCUCUUGCUCAAUGUGAGCACACACUGGUAAAGUUAGGUGUAGCUCGAGAAGCUGUGGAUGAUACUGCUGGAGCUGCACAGUUUAUUGCUGCCCAUCAACUCCGGGAUACAGGGGCUGUUGCCAGUGCACGAGCUGCAGAAAUUUAUGGACUUGAGAUCCUAAUGGAUGGUAUCCAGGAUGAUCUGGAUAAUGUCACUAGGUUUUUAAUGCUUGCCCGUGAACCUAUCAUUCCAAGGAUUGAUAGACCAUUCAAGACCAGUAUUGUUUUCACACUGGAAGAAGGACCGGGUGUUCUGUUCAAGGCACUAGCUGUCUUUGCGCUGCGGAGUAUCAAUCUCACCAAGAUUGAAAGUCGUCCUCAAAGAAAGCGACCCCUACGCGUGGUUGACGAUAGCAAUAAUGGAACUGCCAAGUAUAGUCACAGACUCCCAAUAGCUUCGUAUAUUUUGAUUAUCUUUUUUAUGUGGAUUUUGAGGCAUCAAUGGCUGAUGUGCGAGCACAAAAUGCGCUUGGGCAUCUACAGGAGUUUGCGACCUUUUUGAGAGUACUAGGCAGUUAUCCCAUGGAAGUUAGUCCAAUGCGAGCUUGAGGCGACUACCUCAACCUGUAAUCAGAAGUCGACCUCAGUGCUAUUUGUAGUAUCUAUCUAUAUAUAUAUUUGUGCGCAUUGUUCAAACGUCAUGUUUUAGGUUAUGGAUUGUUUUUAAUGCAGUUUUUCACUCCUUGAAAUGAUGGGUAUCCAUAUUACCGUACUUGCAGGGUAACUUAGAUGUGUAGUAGAAGGACAAUUCAAGAUUGUUAAUAGACAGGUUUAGUGGCUGGCUUUUAUCACUUUAAACAGCUUAGAUGGACUUCAUGAAUUACAUCUAAAGCCAGCUUAUGAAUAACUGUGCCAAAUAAAUAAUUUUUUGUCGGAGUAGGGCACUUUUUCAUUUAAUGGUUGCAGUCACGAAAAUCAUGCAACCGUAGGGAAGCUUCACUCUGCCGCUUAGCCAGUGUAUCAAGUAUGAAAUCAUCUUUCUCUUUUUCUUUUA